AUGGGGGAAUCAACAGAUUAUGAUCAAACCAAAGGCAUAAAUACUAAGCCCGAAGGUGAUGGAUCUAAGCAGGAACCAUUCGGAAAAGAUACACUCAACUCCACCUGGAAUUCCGAAACCGAGUCUUCUUUCCGAACAUUCUCCCAAAAGUCCUCCAAUUUGCCAUUUGGACAAGCAAUUGAGUACGAUGCGAUCAGUGGACCUACCUAUGUUACUGCACAAACUUUGGUUCAACAAGUAGCUUAUGCGCUCUCUGAUAAGAUCUUCUCUUACUCCCCGGAGUCGUUUGAUCUGGAUGUUGCUAUAAAGUCUUGGGCCGCGGCAAACACAAAAAAUGCCAAUGGAUAUACUACACAAAUUUCUCCCAUGCAGACUCGAUCUGGUGCUGGAUCCAUUGCUCUUGGAUAUAUGUUUUCAAAGGAUUUCGAUUUGACCAAGAGACAUAUCCCUCAAUCACUUUUGGCCACUUCUUCUAGUCUUCAUAGCCUACGUUCAACUCUCGACCAACUUUCGUUAUUAUACUCUGUUGCAAAUCCAUUUGUAGCUCACGUUGCUGCUGUUGAUUAUGCACCUGGAUCUGGUGGUCUCGUCACGGACUAUGCAACUGCUUUGACUGUAGCGGAAGAGUUGGGACUCGGUUUGGUUUCUAGUUCGUCUGCAUACGAAGCUCAGCAUAUGUCUCUCUUCUCUACGUUGUUAGCUACCGUUCUUCCAACCAUCCAUACCUACGAUGGUAUCACUGUUGGCCGUGACACUCUUCGUGUCAUUGAUAUUCUUAGCCAAUCUGGUCUCAGCAGUUCCUACAAGAGCAUUCUUGACGAAAUCUCGAAACUUGGAAAGAGAGCUGAUGCUGAAAGUAAAGUUUCAUCACUUCUUGAAGCUUUUAACAACGAACUUGGUACAUCUUAUGGCCUUUUUGAAUAUAACGGAGAUGAAUCUCCAGAAUCUGUUUUGGUUGUCUUCGGUUCCGUUGAAAGUUCUCUCGCUACUCAAGUCGCAAAGAAGCUCUCUGCUGAAGGAGAGAAAAUUGGUGUUAUCAAUGUUAGAGUUUACAGACCUUUUGUAGAGGAAGCUUUCCUAAAGGCUCUUCCUGCAUCAGUUCGAAAUGUUGCAGUCCUUGGUCAAGUUCUAGACGAGUCAGCCGCAACAGAUGUUUCUGGUCACUCUAAUUUGUAUGAGGAUGUUUUGGCAGCAACUGUAUUCUCCGAUAAAUUUCCAACCGCUCCAAAGGUCGUUGAUGUCAAGUAUGCUCGGUCGCAAGUUUUCACACCCACUUCUAUCGCUAGCAUCUUCCAUCAACUUGGAGGCAAAUCUAUUAACGAGACUAUAUCACUCUUGACUGUUGGGCAAGUUGAGCAAUACUCAUUCUUUGAUCUCGAGGAUUCUGCUGCUGCUUCCGCUCCUUCUGCUAUCAGCAAGCUUCUUUCUGGUGAUUCGGCCAGCAAUGUUCUCAUCAAUCAAACUCAUGACAACUUCAUUCAAGGUGGUGUUGUUAGAACUGAUAUCCGAAACUCCAAAAAGUCAAUCGAGGCUGCUUAUCCAAUUGAAGAAGCCGAUGUUACUUACAUUGGAGAUGAAAAGUUAUUCAAGGAGAUUGGUAUCUUGAAAAAUGUCAAGUCGAAUGGAAAGAUUAUUGUCAAGCUUCCAGGUGUUAAGGACGAAGAUCUGGAGAAGAAGAUUCCAAGCUCUGUUCGCAACGAGAUCAAAUCAAAGGAUGUCGAGUUAUUUGUCCUGGAUCCAACUCUGUCAGAGGCUCUUGAGAAGGAACCUGCUCUUGAAACUUUGUUAAUUGAACUUGCAUUCUUGAAGAUUGCUCGCCCAGAACUUCUGGAUGCCAGCGAGGACAAGCUCGCAGCUAUUAAUGGAAGCCAAGAACAACUUCAAGCUGCAGUAGCUGACCUUAAGAAGGUCAUUCGCAAGGUUGAAAUUCCUGUGACUUGGGCUGAAGUUGAUACCGAAGCUGAAGUUCUAGACCUUCCUGCAACUAUCAAGUCCAGCAGUUUUACGGGUUUCCAAAAGGAAGAAACUGAGGCACCAUCUCAACUUCGUAAUUGGCACGCAGCUGCUAAGGGUCUUCUCUUUAAGGAAGCUUAUGGCACUAAAUCUGAACUUCGACCAGAUCUUACUGCCAAGACAUAUGAGAUUACCGUAAAGGAAAAUCGUCGUUUAACCCCCAUCACAUAUGAUCGUAACAUUUUCCAUAUCGAAUUCGAUUUAGGAACAUCCGGUCUUAAAUAUGAUAUUGGCGAAGCUCUUGGUAUUCACGCUGUCAAUGAUGUUGCUGAGGUUGAGGAGUUUAUGAAGUUCUACGGACUCAACGCAGAUGAUGUUGUCGAAGUACCUUCUCGUGAGGAUAACAAUGUUUGGGAGGCCAGAACGGUUUUCCAAUCCUUGGUGCAAAACAUCGAUAUCUUUGGUAGACCACCAAAGAAGUUCUACGAAGCCCUCGCCGAAUUCGCUUCUGAUGAGAAGGAAAAGAAAGAACUUCUUACACUUGGUGGCCCAGAAGGUGCCAAUGAGUUCAAGCGUCGUGCUGAAGUUGAUACAGUCACCUACGCUGACAUUCUCCUUGAAUUCAAGUCCGCUCACCCAUCUUUCCAUGACAUCGCUCGCAUUGUUUCACCAAUGAAACGUCGUGAAUACUCCAUCGCCUCUUCUCAAGCUGUCAAUCCAACAACUGUCGCUCUCAUGAUUGUUGUCGUAUCUUGGGUCGAUCCAAAGGGUCGCGAUCGUUUCGGUCAAGCUACACGUUACCUUUCUUCUCUUCCUGUCGGAUCAAAGGUUACCGCUUCCGUAAAGCCUUCCGUCAUGAAACUCCCAGCUCUUGAUACAGCUCCUCUUAUCAUGGCUGGUCUCGGUACAGGUCUUGCUCCUUUCCGUGCUUUUGUUCAAUACAGAGCUAUGCAAAAGGCUCAAGGCAAAGAUAUCGGUUCCAUCCUUCUUUACAUGGGAUCUCGUCAUCAACGAGAAGAAUACUUGUAUGGUGAAGAAUGGGAAGCCUAUCAAGAUGCCGGUGUUAUCACUUUACUUGGAAGAGCAUUCUCCCGUGAUCAAAAACAAAAGAUCUAUAUUCAAGAUCGUAUGAGAGAAACAGUCACCGAUAUCAUUCAAGCGUAUAUUAAGGAUGAAGGAUCAUUCUAUUUGUGUGGUCCUACAUGGCCGGUACCAGAUGUUACGGAGGUUCUUGAGGAGGCGAUUAGGGAGGAUGGUAGAUUGAGUGGAAAGAAGGUUGAUGGAAGGAAGGAGAUUGAGAGGUUAAAGGAGGCUGGUAGAUAUGUUUUGGAGGUUUAUUAG